AUGGCUGCCUCUUCCUCGAUUUCCUUCUUCUCUUCCUCAAUUUUCAUCUCCACACCAACCACUUCCUCAAGGCUCAACUGUUUUUCGAAAUCCCACAAUUCAAAAUUCCCAUUGAGAGCUUCAGUUCGUUCUGAAUUGGCCACUCUCCCUGUGCUUUCCUUUGAAGGAACCCAGGUAGGUACAGCCACUCUGGACCUCAAGUCCGCUCCUGCUGAAACUGCACGCGCCGUCGUUCACCGUGGACUCACCACUGACCUCACGAACCGUCGCCGUGGCACCGCUUCUACACUGACUCGCGCCGAGGUGAGAGGCGGUGGGAAAAAGCCUUACGGUCAGAAGAAAACCGGCCACGCUCGCCAGGGUUCGCGGAGAACCCCGUUGCGCCCCGGUGGUGGGGUUAUUUUCGGGCCCAAGCCUAAGGAUUGGUCUAUUAAGAUUAACAAGAAAGAGAAACAGCUUGCGAUUUCUACUGCCAUUUCUAGUGCUUUUGAGAACACGAUUGUGAUUGAGGAUUUUGAUGAGAAAUUCGAGAAGCCUAAAACCAAAGAGUUCAUUGCAAUGAUGAAGAGAUUGGGACUGGACCCAAAAGAGAAAUCUACGUUUUUGAUGACUGAGGUUUCGGAUAAUGUGAAGCUUUCGAGUCGGAAUAUUGGGACUUUGAAAAUGCUGACGCCCAGGACUCUGAAUCUGUUCGACAUUUUGGACGCAGAGAAGUUAGUUUUCACCAAAGGCGCAGUUGAGUUCUUGAAUGAGAGGUACGGGUUUGAUUAUGUGGAAGACGAGGAGGAUGAAUAUGAAGAGGAAGAAGCAGAAGCAGAAGAGGAAGUAAAUAGUGAUGAAGGAACAGAGGCAGAAGGGAAUUCUGAUUCAACAGAAUGA